AUGGCGGUUGGUGCCGGCCAGCACGAUCACGCCGCUGCUCGCCUUGAAACCGUCCAUCUCAACCAGAAUUUGGUUCAGCGUGCUGUCUCGUUCAUCGUGGCUGCCGGUGCCAUUUUUUCCCCCACGCCUUUUGCCCACGGCGUCAAUCUCGUCGAUGAACACAAUGGAAGGCGCAUUUUCGCGGGCCUUCUGGAACAAACUGCGCACCCUAGAAGGGCCAACUCCGACGUAUAUUUCGACGAAAUCGCUGCCAGAAAUGAAGUAGAACGGUACAUUCGCCUCCCCAGCGACCGCCUUAGCUAG